CAACGUGUCACCCAAAGGUCGUCAAGAUAUUCUUACAAACAUUAUCACUGAGGAAUAUCUAGCAGGGGCAUGACAAGUGAAUUCACCGUCUGUCCGACAUGUGGGAAACUCUUUACGAACCCGGUCAUGCUAGACUGUUUCCAUACAUUCUGCUCGACAUGUGUAAUGAAUACUAACGGGAAACACCUUUGCGCUGUUUGCGGGAAAGAACAAAUUCGUACGGGAAAGAACGAGACAGUAAUAGACAAAUUUACGCAAACAUAUUGUGACGUCAUUAGAAUGGAAAGGAAGCUAAGUGACUUCUGCUUUAGCUGCACCGAGGAAAGUACAGUGAAUUAUUGUUUCGACUGUCAGAGCUCUUAUUGCUUGGAUUGCUCUAAACAGCAUCAAUUGAAAUCGAAUAAUGAACACAACAUUUUGCCAUUUAGCUCUGUGCUAGAAUGUGGAUUUGAAAAAAGAAAAUCUCAACCUGAUUCAUGCAAGUUUCAUUAUUUGGAUGUAACCCAGUUCUGCAUGACAUGCAAAAAACUGGUGUGUGGCGACUGUGUUAUUUCAGAGCACAAAGGUCAUUGGUGUCUUCCUACUGAAAAGGCGUUGACGCAGUGUGCCGGCGAAGUCAAGAAAACAGCAAAGGAGCUGAAGACCUUCCACGAAGAGCACCACAAACAAACAAUGCUUGUCCUAGAAUAUUUGGAACUAGAACAAGAACGAAUGCAGAACGAAAUAAAACUCUUGUUUGAAAGUAUUCGAAAAAAUCUGGAAAAGAAAGAAAGCCUAUUAAUUCAGGGCGUCAAAACUGUAUUUGAGAAGGAGAGAAAAAGUUUAAAAGAACAAGAAAAGAUUUCUUCUAAAAUGUGUUCUUCUGCAUCUGCUGCAAGUUCGAAACUGAAGUUUAUUAACAAGUACGGCACAGCUACCGAAUUGCUAUCCUACCAUUCUAAAGUCAAAGAAAGUGAGUUGUCGACUUAUCUCACGUCCCACGUACAACUGCUCCCAAAAGCUUUCUUACAUCAAUCAUCCAUAUUGAUGGCUGAAAUUGACACUCUAGUAGAGAGACUGAACUGUGUCAUUUCUUACCAGAAAGGGGACUAUGUGAGGCGAUUACUAAACAGUUGCAGCCACCGACUUGAGGACACCUGCUCAACCAAAGAUGACAGCUAAUGUUUCUCACGGCAGGAAUCCGUUAGAUUUUCCGUCCACCAUACUGGAUCGUCUACUAGUACUUAUUGGUCGGCGGAUAAAUCCGUUUCUAGAGUGAGUGAUUGAGUCGGUGGAGUCCAUGGAUCCGUUUACAGACGGAGUGCGCAUGGUAUGCGGCCCUCCGUUCAUCGGUUCUACCGUCUUCACUCUGGGAGACACUAUCUUUGGCGAACGACAUUUGGAUUUGAAAAGAGUUACAAUGAACACGAUGAGAAAAGCCCCCGUAGCACCGCAGGCGCACCCAAUCCCGAUCCCGAGCAUCAAACGAUCUGAAAUCAAAGUACAAUAAAAACAUAUUAAUCAUUGUAUUUUCUCUGAAUGUCAGUGCAUUCGAUUUUAUUGAUGGGGCUGGAUGCUCAGUGCAUAAAGAUUUAAGAGAUUGGAAGGAAGAAAGGAUUUCACAAACAAUAACUGUUUAACGCCUACAAUUCCAUUCCGGAUUCAAAACUUUGAUCAUCUUUGUUAAAAAUGCAAAUUCUUAGCUUAAAACAAUUCUUAUUACAUUAUAAUAGGCAUCGUGCAUCAUUUCUCACUUCUCCUUUCUUAAAGCGUAGGUAUUAUUCAACUGAUGAUUUAUCAUAAAUUCGAGGGUUUUGUAUAAUAAGCAUUUUCUGUAAAUAUGAAGGUGAUGUAAAUCAACAAUCAGUUAUACAGAUCGAUUUCAGCUGUCAGUUUCUAUCAUUUGUUCUGUGUUCUAUACUACCUAACAAGGAUCGAAUUGUUAGCUGCUGAUUUCUUAUGCUUUACAGUGAAAGCCUUGCAGGUCCAAACAUUUACACAAAAAAAUCUAUUUAUAUUCAUCAUUUCUUUAAGAUCUAAGACACAUUGGAUAAGAAAUUUAAAACAAAUCAAAUGUGGUACAUCUCUUUACAACGAUCACUUCGAUUUAUUUGUCUUACAAAUACGGUUAGAGUUUAUAUUGCAUGGUAAAAACUGACAUACAGUUGUCUAUCAUCUAACAGAUUUCUAACUUUCUUACUACAGUACUACAUAAUUCAAAAGUGCUUGAAUUGUAUUGCAUUGUAUUGUAUUUGAUAGUCACAGGUCUUUUCUACUUUUCAAUUUCUACCGGUACAUUGCUGUUCAAUAUUAACGUCAUACAUAAUUUCUAUAUAAGUUUAAAGUGCUAAGUGUAAACAAGCAUGCUAUUAGAUUAUAUAUACUAUGAAUUCAUGCCAUUACAUACAGAUCAUGUAAAAAUAAAUCAUGUACAGAAAAAAGAAAGAAAAACAAUGGAAGAACGAAGAAAUAAAAGAGGAAUGAGAAAACUUCAUGAAUAUUCUAAAACAUCGAAUACAUUACUCAAACUCUGGUUACAUUAUUCAUAUUUACAAUGUUUCAACAAAUGAAUUUUGUGUCUUGAAUUCUGCUAGCGAUAAUGACAUGAAAAGCCUGUACAUUAAAGUUUUGAAAAUCAUAUAUUUUGUGCCUACAUUAAAAUCAUUUCUACGUGAUGUGUUAUAUAUUUUUAGAAUUAAAAUUCAGCACAUAAAGAGCCUGUACACAA